AUGACCGUUGGUACUACCGACGACUUCAAGUCGAUCCCAGUGCUCGACCUCACGCGUGUAGAGACGGACAAGGCCGGUCUGCUCGCAGAUCUGCGGCAAGCACUCGUACAUGUCGGCUUCUUCUACGUCAAGAACCACGGCAUCGACGUUGACUUUUUGGACGCGACCACCGCCAAGGCCAUCGAGUUCUUUGACCUGCCGCUUGAGGAGAAGCUCAAGGCGGACAAGAUCAACUCGCCUACCUUCCUGGGAUACAGCGUGCAGGGCAACGAGAUCACCAAGAACAAGAAGGACAACCGCGAGCAGCUGGACUUUGCCAACGAACUCGAGGAGUUCUGGAAGCCCGGCCAGCCAGAGUACGAGCGCCUGACGGGCCCAAACGUGUGGCCUGACGAGGCGGCCAUCCCCGGUUUCAAGGAGGCCAUCCUCGAGUACUGGGACCGGACGCACGAGCUCUCCAACCGCCUCAGCCGUCUUGUGGCCGAGGCGCUCGGCCUCGCUCCCGACGCGUUGGAGAAGUAUGUGACAGAGAACCAGCAGCACCGCGCCAAGCUCAUCAAGUACCCUGCCGUUGACGAGCUCGCGCCAAGUGACGGAAACCAGGGCGUCGGCGCACACCGCGACACAGCCUCGCUCCUGACCGUGCUGUAUCAGGCCAACGACAUGCCUGGUCUCCAAGUCCAGAACCACGCUGGCGAGUGGAUUGACGCUACCCCCAUGCGCGGAACGUUUGUCGUCAACAUCGGCACAGGGCUCGAAUAUCUCGUCGACGGUGUCGCCGUCGCCACCACCCACCGCGUCCUCAACCCUGUACCGGGCAAGGGACCACGCUACUCGAUCGCGUACUUCCAGGGUGCCCGCCUCGACCAGAAGCUCUACCCUACCCCGAUCCCCCAGGAGAUCCUCGACCAGAAGCCCACCAACGUCGUCACGGACACGGCUGGGUUCCAGUUCGCCGCACUGUAUGCCCAGAACCCAGGACUAUAUGCCGUCGUCAACCGCAUGAGCUCACAUCGCGAUGUUGCGGGCAAGUGGUACCCAGAGCUGUCGAAGGAGCACGGGAUCGACGUGUCGGGGACGAAUGCGGGAUACUAG